CUGUAAUUUCAUGGCGUUCCUGUCACUGCUGCUGCUGUUCUCCCCCCACUGUUUCUGGUGCAUCUUCAUCCGAAAUCUGCUCAUGGGCUUCUCGCUGUGACCCGAGGGAUGGGCUUUCUCUCCCCCCCUGCCGCCCAUCGUCGGAUUCGGAUUCCCGAGCGAGCUUUGUCUCGAGGGUGAAUUCGUCCUCGUCCCGCCGUUCGAUCGGUCCGUCGUCGAGAUCGUCGAGCUCGGUAACUCCGGAGAUGGAGCCAAUUCUGUGGCUCUGCCUCUUUCUCCAAUUCCAGGCCAAGUGUAUCAGGUUCGUGCGGCAAGCCAGAAGCUGGUGGUUCUGAGGGCCCGUCGAGGUCGUCUUCGUUUUGUCUUCGAUGUCCAGUGCACUGCCAAGUCGUUCUUCGGCGGGGGAGUGGCUCUCGAUCGUCGCGGCUGGAGGAGCACCGGAGCUGGGGUAUGAGCCGGCCCAGCGGCGGCGAGGAUGUGCGUAAUUGCAAGCCCUGUCGGUCUCUCCCGUAGGAAAAAUGCGAGCGAUCGAAGCUCGUGCACCUUCUUCUUCUUCGCUCGCAUCUCUCGCCGCCGAGGAAUGUUGGCAGUCGUAGCUCGAGCAGGCAUGGCGCCGGGGUGCGGUUCUUCGGUCGCGAGCGCCCCAGUGUCGUAGCGGGUCGGCAUCAUCGCCAGUCGAGUGUGGGUGGGGCUGAGGACGAUCGCGAACCUCAAGGAUCGUCGUCGCUCGCUCGCUCGUGCAUCCGAAUGGUGCAGGUCGUGGAAACGCUGCUGCGCGUGCUGCCAUGGCUGACGACGACGCUGGCAGCGAACGUGAUCCACUACCGCUCUCUGUUCAGCGCCAGGCAAGAGGGCCGCAGGCAUUUCAUCGAGAGCGCCGCAGCGCUCUCGAGCCGACGCCACUUCCCGGGGAGCUCACCGGACGAACACGAAUUACUGACAUUCGACCUAAUGCAGUCCGCCAUCAUGAGGAAGGCCAGGUACAAAAUCAAGGUCGUGCAUUACUCGAGCACGGUCUUGUACGUCGCGCUCUUUUACGCCUUUCUGCCGGAACUCCACCUCGACGAAUUCGUGCCGGGCCUGGGCACGGCCGAAGGAUUGGUCGUGGGGCUUCUGAGCGGCCUCGUCACCAUUCUCUUGGACGAGAAUCGGCUCGGUGACAUGCGCACCACUUGGCGGCCCGGCGUCGAUUACGAGUCGCGAUUCUGGGGUUUUGUGUGGGACGCGAUUCGAAUCCUCUGCGCCUCGUCGACCCCGAUCGAAGACUGUUUGUUUUACCACUCGUGGCUCUACCGAGUGCUGGUCCAGAGCCUCAGCGACGACAUCGAGUUCGAGUCCUUCACGGACGUGCCGCUGUCGAUGUGGAGCUGGACGGCGUGGCUCGUCUGCAACUCGGCUCUCGCGCUCUACAAUGGCAAGGAGUGGCGGAGUAGCAUGCUAUCCGGGCUUCUGUCGCUGUGGGUCACGGCGAGGAGUGGGCAGCUCCUCGAUGGCGUUUUAGCCCUGUCUGUGAGUCGCAUGACUGUCAAUCUCUGGGUCGUCCUCACGGGGCAACGCCAGUUCUGGUGAACCCCGUGCACGGGGUUCGAGAUGUACAUUAUUACACGGGGGGAGCUGUCACCCCUCUCUUUAUUCGAUAUCAUUCUCCAGAAUUCCUCCAGCAGAGUCUCC